UGGGCUCUGCCCUGAGGAGGGGAGGAGUCUCUGGAGCUGUUCCUCCCUGUUUUUCCUUGCCUUGGCGCGGAGACUGACUGGCCGUUGUUUUGUGUGUUUCCGCUGAGAGCCAGUAGUAAAAGUUCGCCCGAUCUCUCCUGUUGUAGCAUUAAAACUUGAAAGCCGGAUUGAUCUGCGUUGGGUCGGCUCCGUUGUUGCAAGCAACACUCCCCUGGCCCUGAAAAAUAACCUGGUUUGCGGGGGCGAAGGGUUCCUUCUCUGUUUCUCUCAUAACGGACCUUUCACCGCUGGUGGCUUUAAAAAGAGGAAUUUUUUUUUUAAAAUGUACUUUAACAAGGGGAGAAGUGUGAAAUGUUCUGCUGGGAGUUAAUCUUGCAAACACGGAUUUGUGUUUGGAGUGUUGUGGAUUUCAUGCUAUGCACGUAGAGCCUUUUUGAAGAUUAAGGCUGCAAUCCUGUGCCCUGAGAGUAAAGCUCAAUUGUUCUUAGUGGGACUUGCUUUGGCAUAAAUAUGCAUAGACUAGUACUGCGUGGAAAUGAGUUCUCAGCAGUUUCCUCGUUCUGGAGCCGCUUCCACAAAUUUAGGACCAGCUCCUCCUCCAAUCUCUACUGGUGGAUCUACUGGACUGAUAAACCCAACAUCUACAGUAGUAAGUGAUGAACCCAACCGAGAAUCAGAUGUUUCUCCCAGAGAUCAUGUGGUCCCUGGUGGCUCUCUUCAGUCUCGUGAAGAGAAGCAGGAAACUGUGGUAGUUCGGCCAUAUCCACAGGUGCAGAUGUUAACUCAGCACCAUCCAGUUCAGUCUGGUGUACCAGUUACAGUGGCAACUCCUCCAGCACAUCUGGCUCCAGCAGUGCCACUUUCUUUUCCUGAAGGACUUAUGAAGCCUCCCCUGAAACCAACCAUACCCAGCCGUCCUAUUGCACCUGCUCCGCCCUCCACUCUGUCAGGUCCCACCAAAGUACCUGGGCAAGUUACUGUAACAAUGGAGAGCAGCAUUCCACAGGCCUCUGCUAUUCCUGUAGCAACAAUCAGUGGACAACAGGGACAUCCCAGUAACUUGCACCAUAUAAUGGCAGCCAACGUUCAGAUGUCAAUAAUCCGAAGUAGCGCUCCUGGGCCACCGCUGCAUAUUGGAGCCUCUCAUUUACCUCGAGGUGCAGCAGCUGCUGCUGUGAUGUCCAGUUCAAAAGUAACAUCAGUCCUAAGGCCAGCGUCACAGUUGCCAAAUGCAGCAACUGCUCAACCAGCAGUUCAGCACAUCAUUCAUCAACCAAUCCAGUCGCGACCCCCUGUGACAACUUCAAGCACCAUCCCUCCUGCUGUUGUAGCAACAGUCUCAGCCACUAGGGCGCAAUCACCAGUUAUUACUACUACAACAACACAUGCUACAGAAUCUACCCUCAGUCGGCCAGCGUUGUCAAUUCAGCAGCACCCUUCUGCACCUAUCAGUAUUCAGCGCCCUGCACAGCCACGGGACACAGCCACCAGAAUUACCUUACCUUCCCAUCCAGCCAUAGGAACACAAAAACAGCAGCUCCACACUAUGGCUCAGAAAACCAUUUUUAGUACCGGUACUCCAGUGGUAGCGGCAACAGUGGCACCUAUUUUAGCAACCAAUACCAUUCCUUCAGCAACCACAGCUGGUUCUGUAUCUCAUACUCAAGCGCCUACAAGUACGAUUGUCACCGUGACUAUGCCCUCGCACUCUUCCCAUGCCACUGCUGUGACCACAUCAAACAUCCCAGUUGCUAAAGUGGUCCCUCAGCAGAUCACACAUACUUCUCCUCGCAUCCAGUCUGACUACACUGCAGAAAGGAGUAAUCUCAUUCCCAUAUCUGGUCACCGUGCAUCUCCAAAUCCAGUUGCAAUGGAAGCUAGAAAUGAUAACAGACAGUCAGUGCCUGUUCAAUUCCAGUACUUUUUACCAACGUAUCCACCUUCUUACCCUUUGGCCCAUACUUACACACCUAUUACCAGCUCCGUCUCCACCAUCCGCCAAUAUCCUGUUUCAGCUCAGGCUCCCAAUUCAGCCAUAACAGCUCCGACUGGUGUAGGAGUAGCCUCUACGGUCCAUCUUAACCCCAUGCAGCUAAUGACUGUGGAUGCAUCUCAUGCCCGUCAUAUCCAGGGCAUCCAGUCUGCACCAAUUGGUGCACAGGGUAUACAACCAGCACCCAUCAGUGCACAAGGAAUACAAUCUGCACCAAUUGGAACUCAAGGGCUACAUCCAGCUGCACCAAUUGGCACACAAGGUCUUCAGACUGCAGCAAUGAGUGCUCAGCAGCCACCAACUGAAACAAAGACAUCAGUGGUCUUGGCAGAUGGAGCCACCAUUGUGGCCAAUCCAAUCAGCAAUACAUUCAACGCUGCUCCAGUUUCAACUACAGUGGUGCAAACGCAUAGUCAGAGUGCCAGUUCUAGCACACCAGCCCAGGGUUCAUCCCCUCGUCCAAGCAUCCUCCGAAAGAAACCCACUACAGACGGGUUGGCCGUUAGGAAAAGCCUCAUUCCCCCUCAGCCAUCUGAGGUCACUGGCACGCGAGUAGAGUGCUCUAUGAGGAAUGCAUCUGGAUCACCAAGACCAGCUGGUGCCAAGCCUAAACCAGAAAUCCAUGUGUCAAUGGCCACGCCAGUAACUGUGCCUGUGGAGGCAGUAUCCAUUCAGAGCAACGAGCAAUCUCCUAUUGCAGUCCCUGCUUCUCAGCAGCCACCAUCCGCCAUUCCAACAAUCAUCACAGCAGCCAGUCCACCUUCACAGCCCACAGCAGCCCUGUCAAGCAUUCCAGGAACAGUUCCAUCUGCCCCACCCACUUCAACCACAAUUGUGGCUGCUCCUCCACCUCCGUCAACCAUAAGUGGUGUCCUCUCCACAGUUUUGGGUCCUGUGGUACCAGAGAUAAAAAUCAAAGAGGAAGUGGAACCUAUGGACAUAAUACGGCCAGUCUCAGCAGUUCCUCCCCUAUCUACAAAUACACCCUCGCUUACAUUACUGCCCAACAACCUUUCAGUGCCCCCAAGUGACUUGCCACCUGGUGCCUCCCCAAGGAAAAAACCACGGAAGCAGCAACAUGUCAUCUCUACAGAGGAAGGGGACAUGAUGGAGACCAAUAGCACUGAUGAUGAAAAAUCCACUACCAAAAGUCUGCUAGUCAAGGCAGAGAAGCGCAAGUCGCCUCCAAAAGAGUAUAUAGAUGAAGAAGGGGUGAGGUAUGUGCCUGUGCGUCCAAGACCCCCCAUAACACUGCUUCGUCACUAUCGCAACCCAUGGAAAGCUGCCUACCAUCAUUUUCAGCGAUAUAGUGACGUCAGGGUGAAAGAAGAAAAGAAGGCUAUGUUGCAAGAAAUAGCCAAUCAGAAGGGGGUAUCCUGUCGUGCACAGGGAUGGAAAGUCCAUCUUUGCGCAGCACAAUUACUGCAGCUGACUAAUCUGGAGCAUGAUGUAUAUGAACGACUCACCUCUUUGCAAGAAGGGAUCAUUCCCAAGAAAAAAGCAGCAACUGAUGAUGAUUUGCAUCGAAUAAAUGAACUGAUACAGGGGAAUAUGCAGAGAUGUAAGCUUGUAAUGGAUCAAAUUAAUGAGGCUCGAGAAUCCAUGUUAAAGGUCUUGGAUCACAAAGAGCGUGUUCUGAAACUCCUCAACAAGAACGGAACUGUCAAGAAAGUAUCCAAAUUGAAGAGAAAAGAGAAGGUCUAGAGCCAGAGGUAGAAGGACUCUGGAAACAAAAAAUUUGUACAGAACAGUGUUAAGGCUCUUAUUUGGGGUUUUAUUUCGGAGAGCUGCAUUUGAGUAAAAAGGACGAGUUUCAGAGAAGGACAAUGGAUGGAUGUGUGGAGCCCAGUGACCUUAAGGGAUUAUUAUUGACCUAUCAAAGGAACAAAGAUUUUUCUCAGGCUCGUCCGUUUAAACUCUUCACAGUCACAUUUUGUUUAGCCCUCUUGAUGUGCCAGUGCCUAAUUGGAACCAUUGAUGCAAACGUGGUAGACAGUCCCCCUCCUUCCAUCUUACAGUUUUAGAGGUAACUUUACAGGUUUGUACAAUGGAUUCCUGCAACAGACCUCAAGAACCACCUAUUGAAAUAAACAAAAAAAAAUCUGGAAACACUACUUCCACCUAGCCCACUCGGUUCUUGCUCCUUAUGACCUUGCAGUGGCUGGAGCAGCCUUCAUUCAACCAGUGCUAUUGCACUGGCAGUUCUGCUACAAUUUAGAAUCCUAAGUGGUUCUGAAGUCUCUAGCUGUCAUUUUUUUAAAAAAAAACCAUUUCAAAGUGAUUUGUAGUGUUGUGGAGUGCGUGCGUGUGCCCAUGUUGGUGCUCUGGGAUAUAAUUGUUUUCAAAGUACUCUCAUACAGCAAAGUACUUCCUGUAGCUGGUGUGAUGCUGUUCAUUGUGUUACCUAGCCUUCCAAAAACAUGAAUAAAAGAUUUGGAGGAUUUUGUAUAACA